CUGUCAAAAGUUACUGGAAGCCGAUCGCGAAGGAGGAGAGAAGAUAGUGUCAAAAAUGUCUUUCAUGCCUGGGCGGAUAAUAAAGUCUGGCCUUAUGAGAACAUGUCCAGCAGACGAAGAGCUAGCCUUUAGUUUGUCUAUCCUCCACGCUCAUUGUGAAGGAUGUCAUGACCGAUACUGUAACGUGUCCCCUGAUGAGAUCAGUAGCUGUGGAAUCGUCGAGUGCAGCCAGUCAUGUGGACAGCGACUACAUCAGUGUAAAAUUGAGGAUCACAAGAACAUAUGUUCUCUUGAGAAGGUCCCCUGCACUAAUCACAGUUUUGGCUGUCCAAUGGAGAUGACUAGAAGUAAAAUAAAUGCCCACAUCCGAGUUUGUCCUGCUAGUGUGAUACGAUGUGUGAUUGAAUGGAAUCGCUGGCCGAUGCACUCCGCAGAGGAAAACAUUAAGGCCCCGUUACCGCUGGACAAUCCACAUGUUAGAUGUGGUCAACUGGAUGUAGCAUUGGCUCUCAGGGACCAGAGGAUGUUAAUGGAGUCCCUGAGGGCUCCUCAGAGGAUCAGAAAGGUCCUUCAGAACACAAUCACACAGCGCUACCCGGGGGUUCCAUUUGAGAAUCGAAGCAAUUCCAUAGACUCUGAUUGUCUGUCAGACACCGCCUCAGUGACGGUGUCUGACGAUGAGUUGGACACCCCGUGGGAAAGUACAAGAUUUCCUCCGGGCCUGAAGAUGAGUGUCUGUUCAAAACUCUAUCGGGCAACAAAGCAUAUACCAGAUUUAACAGUAGCUUCAAAUUCUGCAUCCAAUUACAAGCUGGGACCAAAGCAGGAGUAUUUAUCAGAUAUCAGAGAGGAGCACGACAUCAAAUCUGACAACCAUUCAUGUGAUAUUGAAGAAAAAAUGAAAAUGAAAAUGGAGUCCUUAUGUAUAGCAUGUUCUGAAACUGAGAGCAGCUCUUCAGUGACAGAACAUCCAAUUAACGAGACGAACUAUGAUAAAACAAGUGAGGGUUACUCAUACAAUUCCAGUCUCUCCAACAGUAAUGAUACAGAAAGUUUGACCUGCUCAAGUUGCAAUGCCGAAUCUCUGGUCAAUCAUGUCAGCAGUAGUGAGUCUGACAGUGUUGACCAGCAGGAGGCUUCUGAUGAACAUUUAGAAAUAUACAACAAAGAUGUCAAACUUCACGAACUGUUGGGUGUGAGUCUCAAUAUUGAGUGUAUAUCCAAGUACAUUGCCAAGCAUCCAAAGAUGUACACUUUUCUCUGUGCCCAGGAUUUCCGUCGCGAGGAAUACAUGUGGCACUUCAAAAAUGUUCACAAUGACAUCCACUGUGGAUUGAAUGGCGUAGUGGAACAGCGAUGUCCGCUAGCCUACCUGGGCUGUACAUACUCGUACCAGAGGCUUGUCCCAGGGGAACCGAGAGGACGUAUUGUUCAUAGUUCUUUGCUUGAGAGCUUUGGUCUGCUCACUUGCGAGGAUGAGGACAAAACCGGGGAAGACACAACCAUCUCAAGUGCAGCAUCAAGUCCUGACCGUUACCAUGGUUCCCCAGACUCCAACAGUCAAGUGAUCGAUGUGUGUGCCGAUAUUCCUAGACACCGCCUACGUGAAGCCACACCAGAAAUUGUUACGUCUCACAAGUUUGACUCUAGAAUAAAAGUGUAUCCUCGAUUCCGUAAACUCUCUGGAGGGCAUGACUUUGUCGCAUUGUCCAUGGCUCAGAAAAGCUGUGAUGAGUUAUCUCCCCUUCUUUGUUUACCCGUUGAAGUGUUAAUACACAUGGUGACCUUCCUUGACAGCUUCAGCCUGUGUAACUUAUCUCUCACCUGUAAACUCCUCCGCAAUGUCACCUGUUCCCUCCUCGUCAAUAAAGGAAUGGUGACCCCUGUCUGGGAAAAGGUCAAGACUGGGUCAAAGGUCACUUGGAAGAUCUCGCACAAGAAAUGGUCAUUCAGUACAAGUUUCACACCAGUUCAUCGGUGGCAUUACCACAAUGCCAUUCCACUUGCCGAACAUCUCAAGGAAUGUCCUUACAACCGCUUAGAAGAUAAGAUAGUUCCAAAAGAUAUGUGGACCUAUACAUUCAACCUAGACCACGAAGGAACUGCCACUCCCAUCAUAACUACCCUCCAACAACUCAAACGCAUGAGUUCAGAGGUCAAUCGAUUUGAUAGCUUCAUUGUUCAUGAUUGACGACGUCUCUAUGAUAAUCCUACAUGGAUAUAUGAAUCAUACAUAUUAUAUUGAAGAUGUAUCUGAUGAAUGAUGCAUUAUUCAACAGGAACAGUAAUAGUAAGCCUUGAUACAUUUGUAUAUCAGGGCUUUUUCUGGGAGCUUUUUGGGGCCGUCGGUGGGCCCCUAUUCCCAACUGAAAUUAUUUCAUAUUGAAGACAAAUUCCCCCAAAAAAAUUUUUACUCCUUGAAAAAUCUUUCCCAAUUCACCAAUUUUCUUCCCAAAAUGAAACAAAAAGGCCCCAUCCCAAACCAAUGAGAAAAAGUCCUGUAUGUACAUACAUGUAUAUGUAUGUUUAGGUAUGAAAAGUGCCAGUGAGAAGUUUUUAUGACUAAGUUUCAUAGAUUGGUGACAAAUUAAGAAUUUUUUAAAUGAGUGUUUCACUGAAAUUUUUGUGUUUCCAUGCAAUUUUGAAAUGUUUUUCCCAGUAAGUUACCAAAAAAAUUGAUACAUGUAGGUUUAAUUACAGUGAUGGAAGGGGGUUAUACUGGAAUCAACAUGGUCUGUCAGUUCAUCUGCCUAUAUGCACAAUUUGUUCCGCCUUCUCCUCCAGAAGUUAUUUGUGGCUUACAACAAACUUUGUAUGCAUGCUAUUCAUGCUAUGUUCUUGUGUCUCCCUAAGUUCCAUCAAUUUUUACUGGAGUUAUGGCCCUUGAUCUCACUAACUGAGACAAUCCUUGUGCUAAUGGCUAAUCACCUUGGAAACAUUAUUUUGUAUAUACACGUAUAUGUACCUUGGAUUAUUGUAGCCUGAUGUAAGACACAAUUCAGUUCUGACAAGCUUCAAAGGUCAUGGGUUCUAAGGUCACGGAUGCGUUACCAAGCAGUACUAGCCACAAAGUGAAACUGGGCUUACGAUCAGUACUCACUACUCACGAAGUGAAAGGGACCUCUUUCAAAUUUGGUUGAGUGAUGUUAUUUAUUAGUUAAUGCUUAUAAUUUGAGACAUCAGGUUUUGCCAGAACCGUUACUAUGGAAACAGUGGAGGCUUCCGAUUGGCCAAAAUUGAGAUAUUGUCAGCCGAUUAUGCCAAGAAUUGAUAUACAUAUAAAGGUUUUGAGGGAUUGUGAAUACAGUACAGUCAUUAUGGUGCUAUUUUCCAAAAUAGUUGAUAUUAUUUAGUUGCCAUGGUAAUAAAAAGAAACCCGAUGAUUGUUCAGACUACUCCUCUAAAGAUGUUUAACAUGCCUUCUGAGACUACACAGGAAUGUUUGGGAACAUGCUUAGAUGUGCAUGCAGUUGUUUUUUUUGUGUUUUUUUUUUCAGAAAUUUUGGUUGUCAUGGUAAUUAGGUCCUUAUAUGAAGGUUUUGUUUAAUGGCCCAUUAUUACAGCUCAUCAGUCAUUCGAUCAAUUUUAUUAAAAUGGUCAAGUUAACUAAUUAAAUAAUGCUUACAAGUUACAAAGACAGCAGGUGUUUCCAAAACUGUUACUAUUAAUAGAAACUUGAGAUAUUGUCAGAAUGAGCUGAGAGAAAUUGAUAUGUAAUUUAUAAGGAUUUGAGGGAUAGCAAAUACUAUGGUGCUUUUUGCGAAAACAAUAGAUGUCAUUAGUGGUUGCCAUGCAUGCAAUGGAUCGGUAGCAGGGGAUCGAUAUUAGUCAUUGGCUUACAGUUCUGUAGAUAUAGUUUAGUUUAAAAUGAAUUUGAUUUUGCUGAUCUGUCUCUUGUUAGUAUUUCUACGAUAUUUAAAUAUUGUUGAGAACUCCACUGAUAUUUCAUCAUGCAUCGAUUGUAUGAAGAUAUUAUAUUCAUCCCAAAGCCGUAUUUAUUCAAGACGUCUGUGAUACUUUUAACCGAGUGUUAAAAUAUACAUGUUUAUGUCAGUGAGUUUAUUGAAGCAUAAUGAUACAUGUAUAUGAUAGAUAACACUAAGUGUUUGUUUUUAAGAAGAGAAACACGCUGACAAAUCUCAUUGAUUAUAGUUUUAUUUAAGUAUGAAAUAGCUUUUGCAGGAGAAAAAUGUACAAAACACUAUUUUUAAGAAAGCGGAAAUAUCCGUCAAAUUAUUAAACAUAAUUAUGGUAUAUAAUCAACUAUCUGUGUACAUGUACUUUUUUUUUUUGUCAUUAUUCCCUAAAAUGCUUAGUUACCAAAUGUGUUUAUUUAUAUCUUACAUGUAAGAGUUCCAUAUUUCUUUAAUGUCAUAUGGCCAUGUCGUAAAUAUUGUAAGACACAUCAUGUGCAAUAUCUUGACUUCACAAAUUACUUUAUGAUGUCUUAAUGAAUCUGUGACAUUGCAUGAUUGGCUCAGAGCCGCUCUGCAAAGAACUGUUUGAAUCAAAAUUUGCCUGUCUUGCGUAGAAAUGGAUAUGUUAGAUUUUUAUAGUCUCAUGAUUAUACACACUAGUGGCUUUAUAAUUUAAAUUACUUUCCAAUACAUUUAUCAAACUUAUUAGACGAUCUUAUAUGCCACUUGCAUAAGGCUCGUGGCUUCCCAAGUUAUCAACUACUAGUUUGAUGAAUUUCUCAAUAUACAUGUCUCUCUGUGUAGUGAAAAACACAUAUUUGUUUGUAUGUUUAUUUGUUUGUGUCGCAUUGUUUUUAUCCGACUAUCAUCAGAUGGUGGGCUGUUCAAAUCGACAUACGUCCAUGGUCUUUCGUCCAGUGUCCACCUGUAAACAAUACAUGUUAUGGCUGUUUCUUGAGAAGAAUCCUAGAAGAACAUUUCUCAAACUUCAUGUGAUUUUGAGGGUUGUCGUUUGUUCUUGCUAAGUACUGGAAGGAUAUGUCUCAAUUUGAAACUUGAUGUUUAUAUUCCCCCUUUUCCCUAGAUGUGCCUGUUCAAUUUUGAAAUGUAUGCUUCCUAGUAAGAAAAUUCUCUGUACAACAUGAACUUCUCUAUAAUAAAUAGUUCUACUACAUAUUUUCCAAUAUGAUAUAAACCGUGCACGUUUUACACCAUCAGGUAUAAAGGAUACGUCGCUUUACCAUAAACCUGUCUGUAGUCGACAUUUCAUCAUAGGUCUGAUGUGGAAAACUUUUGGAUUUUUUGGAGGAAUACAGGAAGGUUAUUUCUCAAGCUAAUGUAGUUUUCCAAUGGCAGUAGUUGCAUCCAUUCAAUUUUGAGAGUAAACACAAAAACAAAAUGGCCGACAGACGCCAUCUUUGAUUUUGGCAGAUUUUUAUUGUCAUUGCUCUUGCUUGAAAAGGACUGGAGGGAUAUUUCUAAAGGAAAAAAAUGAGUUUCUUAGGUUCCUGGCUGUGUCUGUUCAAUUUUGAGUUUAAUCUGGAAUAUGAAAUUGCAAACAGACUUUGAUUUUGACAUUUGAAAAUUGUUAUUGCUAUAUAUUUCUUGACAAGUACUGGAUCAAUACUACUUCUGAAACUUGAUGUGAAGGUUCUACUCUGUCCCUUUUUAUGGCCAUAUGAUUUUGAAACUAAUCAGAGAAAUAAAAUGGCGGAGAGGCAGCCAUAUUGGAUUUAUUGAAUGUUAAUUAAUUUGUUCCUGAUGGAAUAGAUUACAUAAAAUUAUUUCUUGUAGGUUAAACUUGUUUUCAAAUGAUAAUGAGGAAAGUUGAGAAAGUACAGAUAAAAGAUCAGUCUUACAUGGACUUAAUGAAGAUCAUUCAAAUGUGGGCAUAUCUGUCCAUGUGGGAACUCUUGUAAUUUAUAAAUAACACUUGUUAAUAUAUAUGUAUAAUGAAUAUGGCUAUUUUUCUCAAAUCAUUGGUAUAUAUAUGUACCCGGUAUGUAUGAAUAUAUCUAACAUGUGUUGUAGCAAGUUGAUAACAGUUUAACAUAUCAGACGUUGGUAAUGACAACAUAUUAUUAUAUACACUUUAAUACAGUAGAGAAAAGUCACUCAUUCAAGUAAUAUUGCGUUCCUAUCCUUUCACAGUCUUCCUCUAAGAAAAAUUAAAUUACAGUUGUGUCCGAAUUGAAAAUUUUUCAAAAUGGACGUAAUAGACGAAUGCAACAUACAGCUGUGACCAUUUGUUUUUCAAAUGAAGACUGAGAAAGGGCAGGAGCUGGGGAAUUUUCUAAUGAGUGACUUAUCUCUGACAAGGGUUUGUCUACAGUUAAUGUCAGAAAAUAUACCCAUAGUGCCUUUUGCAAGGUGACGUUUGUUCAUAUCAAAAGUUGUAUUUAUAAUUGUAUAUUAACACAGCUGCCAAUAUUAAUGGAACAUGAAUGGAUAAAAAAUCAUAUCAAAAUAUAAUUAUAUGAACUACAUGCUAAAUAUAAUUUACAGAGAAAAUGUGUAUUUAAAGAAAAUAUGACAUUAGGUAUAAUAUACAUGAAAGUUAUAAAUUCAUCUCCUAUAUAAUUCAUCCUUUAUUCUCUGUCUUAUUAAAACCAGAUCUGAAUUUACCAUGUAGAUAGAGUAGCUAGGGUGUGUUCCAAUUAGGAAUGAAAGUUAAAGGAAUAAUAGAUUUGGGUAUUGAUCAUCACUAAAUUCAGACACAGAGACCAGGCCAGGGCCCAGUUGUUCAAAAGAUGAUUAGCUUAAUCAGUUGAUUAGUGAAAAUCUCAUUUCUCCUUUACUUCAAAUCAUAUAUGUGUGUAUAUUCUUCAAAAUCAGCCGGUAUGAAGAGACUGGUAGGUAUUAUAGUUUCAGAAAAUUUUGUCAAAUAAGUUUUACCAGAAAUUAUUUUAUCAAGAUUUUGAUAUUGUUGUUAAACUGUGAUUAUAGCCUAAUCACCUUUUAAACAACCGGGCCCAGACCAUUUGUUACUAUAUUAGAACUUGUUGUGUGAAGGUUAUUUAUUGAACAGAGAAAUGUGGCGACUAAAACUCUGUAAAUGAAUUAUACACACUAAUAGUUCUAGGUAUAAACAGCUAUAUAUCGCCACAAUAAGACAGAGGAUCACGGUAUUCACAUAAUCCUCUGUACAAAUUGGUUAAAAAAUAAAUGACGUCCAUUUUAAACAGGCCUAAGUAGAAGAGGAGUCGCGGUGGCCGAGUGGUUAAGGUGACCCGACACUUUAUCACUCGCCCUCCACCUCUGGGUUGCGAGUUCGAAACCUACGUGAGGCAGUUGCCAGGUACUGACCGUAGGCCGGUGGUUUUACUCCGGGUACUCCGGCUUUCCUCCACCUCCAAAACCUGGCAUGUUCUUAAAUGACCCUGGCUGUUAAUAGGACGUUAAACAAAAUAAACUAAAUUAUAUUACUAAGUAAUGGUUGCUGAAUGACGGAUAAUGGAGAUGAUCUGUUGAUACAUUAUUUAGCCAUAAUGGAUGUAGUGAGAAAGUAUUUUAUUGUAGAAUGUAAUUUGCAUUUAUGUUUUUCAUUAAUCCAAUUCAUGAGGACUUGUUCAGUGAAACAGUGAAAGUGUAAAUUUUGACCCCAAAUUAUUCAAAAUAUAUCUAGUAGUGUAUGUCUGUAACGAGAAUAGAAAUAAUUGCUUUUAUAUGACAAUUUCUUAACAUUGUACACAGAGUGUGCAGUUUUCAUGCCACAGUGUACGGCUUUUGUGCAGCAAACUUAUAUCAAAACCAAUUUGCAUAUGAAAUCUGACAAAAAUAAUGAUAUUGCCAAAUUGUAGCGGCUUUUGUGUCACAAAGUGUGUUGCUUAUGUGCAGCAAACUUAAACUUAGUGUAGUUAAGCUAAUUUACAUGCUAAAUCUGACUUAAGGCUGCAAUAUUGCCAUAAUAUAGCGGCAAGGUUGCUGCAACUUUGUGCAAUAGGCCAUUCAUUUCUGUAAGGUAUUUAAUUACAGUAAGAUUGCUACUGAUUUAAAGGUCUCUGGUUUCAGGCCAUACAUAAUGAUAUUGUUUAUUACUAUCAGCUGAAUUCAUCCUUGUUAUAUUCGAGGAGGAAAAUUUUACACAGCCAUUUAUUUUGUGUUCCAUAAAUUUGAAGUCGUCUUGGCUUGCAUGCCUUGUGUUUGUUGUGAUUGUUUAAUGGUCUCUGCCGGUCAGACACCGAUUGUUGUAUUUUGUGAAAAAUCUAUGCAAGCAAGAUUGAUGGCAAAGCGCAAAGUUUUGUAAUUUGAAAAUGUAAUAACUUUGAAUACACAUUGACCAAUCAGAA